GCCCCAAUGAAACCCAAGUAGCUGUGAAUUCUAUCCACUUGAAAUGGAUGUUUCAGAAAAAUGAUUUCAGUCAAGAAUCUCUGCCUUGCUCUUCCUUUUUAUUUUUCUCCCCAGUAUCUUUCUGUUUUCCUGUUAUCACCUCAUUAUUGAUGUUGACAGUAGAGGAUAUUUAGAAAAAAAUCUAAAUCCUUCUUCCCUCCUACCUUCAAUCUGCAGCAAGUCUGGUUUAAGCCACACACACAAACACAUCCACUUAAUUCCUAAUCAUUUAUCAAUAAUCAAUCAACCCAAUUACUGAGGCUUAUAUAUUCUUAGUGCUGAGUCUUUGCUCUAACUUCACACACAGAACAUUUUUAAAUUACCUGUAAUAAAAACCACAAGUCCAUGUGUGUUAAUGUCAAAUAAGUGGUAUAAGAAGGGAGUGAUUAUAUAGAACUAUCGAAUCAAUAUGUUGUACACCUGAAACUAAUAUAACAUUGCAUGUCAAUUAUACUUCAAUAAUAAUAAAAAAGGAAAUGAGUGAUAAGAAGAUUAGGGAAGUGAACAAUAGAGUUGGUAGACAUAAGUUGUGAAAAAUGUGUUAAAGAAAGAAUGUGAUCUGAAUUGGGCUUUGAAGGAUUUCAAGAGGCGGAAAAGAGUAGGCACUCAAGAAAGGACCAAAAAUGGAGAGACAGAAUAGGGUGCAUUUGGAGAAGGGUGGAUAGUGCUGAUUUGGUUCAUGUACCAAAAUAAUGGGAGAUAAACCUUGAGAAGCUGGUUGAGAUUAGAUCAAGAAAGCCUUGACUACAUGGCCUCAGGGGAUUAGAUUGCCUUGAGUAGGCAAUGAGGAAUAUUUCAAGGUUUUUGAAAUAGUGUCAUUGCAAGGGGUAUUUUUAGAAAAGCAGUGUAUUGAAGGAAUCGGAGGGGCCAGGAGCAGUGGUUAGGAGGUUAGAGUGAUAAUGCAGGAGAUAUAAGGGGAUGAAUCUCUCAGUGGUGGGAGGGAAAAAAAUUCUUUCUAGAGCAAGAGAAGGAAUUAUCACCCUGAAUAAGCAUUUUUUUCUGAGAUUCUCAUGAUGAAUUUUCCAGUAUUGAGCUCAAGUAGAGGAUUUUCUACAUGUUAUGUUGUUAACAAAUGUUGAGAAACUAGCACAUAUACAGUUCAGUGGUUGAUUCUGUACCAAAUAAAAAGGAGCAGAAACAAAGUUCCAGGCUCAAGGAAUUUUCAACCCUAAAAAGAGGGAGAAAAGAAUUACAUACAUCAUCUAACUUGAAAAGUAAAAAAAGAACAUAUAAAAUGAAGUGCAAUGUAAUCUAUGCUAUGGGGUUUCAAAAAAGCUGAAAACAAAUCACUGUGGGUUAAAAUAUAAACAGGGAUGAUUUCUUCAAAGAAGAAACAAUGAUACCACCACUGGGCAUUGCCAAAUGUCCACUUUAUUAAGUUCUCUGAGCAUCCUUGGUUCCCGUUGUCUCCUCCUUCUACCCCAUACAAUUCUACCUACCCCUUUCUUGCCCCUCCUUCCUCAUUCAGCUAGACCAAUAACAGAAACUCCCAGGAAACAAAUAGAGUUUCACUUCUCAGCCCUGUAACCAGCUGGAUUCUUUCUCUGCAGGACCAACUUGCCAGAGGAACUGAAGAGAGUACCCCAGAUCUGAGAUGGAUUCUUUCUUUCUGCUGCUCCUUGGCCUGGGUUUGGUUCUUGCAGGAGCUCCAGAAAGCAUAAUGGAGAUAAUUAACGAAGAAUUAUCGGGGGAAGAGAUGUACUAUGAUGUGGCAAACAGGGACCAAGAAAAACGGACUAGUGAGGUAUUAAUGAACUUGACUCUGUUACAUAAAAAUACUAGUGCCAGUACGUCCAAGGAUAGUCUGUCUUCCUCGUUAUUGACAUUCAGAAGAUUACAUUAUAGCUUCCACGGAGGAGACAGCCCAGGUAACGACAAAGAGUAUUGCAAUGAUGUGGUGGUCUGGAGAAAAGUUUCCGAAGCUAAUGGGUCAUGCAGGUUGAACAAUAACUUCAUCCAUGGCUCCAUGGAAGUGAUGCACGGGGUCCCCAAGGCCUCCAGCUGCAAGUGUGGACAGAAUCUUGGCAUCAACUGCUCUAGGAGCCCACGUCUGGAGACCACUAUGUGCCAGCUUACUAUGGACAAACAGUUCGCCAGGUGCCAAUACCACAGUGAUACCUCAUUAAAGAAAAUAUUGGCAAUGCUGACAGGUCAUUCUCUGAUGAGCUGGUUAGUUAGUGGCUCCAAGUUGUAAAUCCCACAGGGCUUUGAGACCGGAGUCUCUCUAAAGAAAGACAUCCUUAUUCUCAUUAUUGUUUAUUUCCUUCUAUUAUCCGUAUCUACCAUUUCAGCAAUAUAGCAAACUCUUGGUUAUCUGUACUAACUGGAGGAAUGAAAAGUGAAAAAUUGUGAAUUCAAUUAAAAUUUAUAACUGAUCCUGGAGUACAGAUUCUUUCUCUCCCCCUCUCUCCACCCCACUUCUCUGUCUCUGUCUCUGUCUCUCUCUCUCUCUCACACACACACACACACUUUCUUGGAACCAGACCAAAUUCUAUCCUAGCUCAGCUAUUAAGCCAAGAAGCAGAGUCCAUCCAACCUGACAAAAUUAAGAGAAAAGGCCCAAAACAAAUACUGAUAAUUGAAAGUUAAUUGUACUGCCUCUGAGACUAUUCAGAGAAAUAAUGAAUGAGCAUAGGGGAUACUAUUAUCUCUGUUUUUCAAAUAAGUGUGUGCAUCCAUGCUCACAAAUGUGAGCACCCACCCAUGCAACCAGGUGCUGCCUGUCCUCCAGAAGAUGCCAGAAGAAAAAGAUGCUUUUUGGCUUAGCUGUUGCCCUCAGUCAACAGCUCCGGCCCUAUGCAAGCUCCAUUCCUCCAUCCUUGUCCCUAUCUAUGUCACAAGUUGCUACAGAUGGAAUGAUAAAGCUCUUAUUGCAAUUUUUAUUCAGCAUGGUCUUGAUUCCCUGGGACUGUGGGAGAGGGAUGCAAGCCAUGGAGAAAUAGGGCAGGUAGAAAGAUGGGAAACAGGACAUCUCUGCCAAGUACUAGGCAGGGUUAGUCUUCGAUCUUGUUUUUGAUGUUGCUUUGGGUUUUUUUUCACUACCAAUUGUUUAUUUGUAAGUUUUAGGGUUCAACACUCUACACAAAGUAUGGGCAAUUAUCUUGUUCCUUAGUGGGUGCUUUUGUGUUCCUGUUCUCUCCAUCCUGAGACCACUCUUUUAAUGUCCUGAUUUUAAAUAAAUACAUGUAUAGCAAAUGUUACAUCACUGUAACACUUUUCUUACUGUACAGCACUCUUAAUAUAUCAAUUUUCCUAAUGCUUUUCACAUCAUGUGCAGGAUUCUCAUUUUAUUAAAACUGCAAGACUCUGACAAUCAACCAAUAUGCAGCAUUAGGGCAGAUAGUUUUAUAUCUUUCAGCUGGGUUUUCCUUGUCAGUAUGGUGCCUGCUUAAAUAGUCACUGUGAGCUUGGCCAAAUAGGUGUGUAGUUAGCACUCAAUUUUCUCUUGGCAGCCAGAUGAGAAGGUGAUAGAGGGAAAUGCCUGGGACCCAGAGUUUUCUUCUCCGUAGGAGGAGAACCUGGAGCCCUGGAGGAGAGGUAUGCUCCCUGGGGUCCAUUCUGGGGAUAGUUCUAUGUGGCAAGGCUGGUGCUACCAGCCACUCAUCACACGUGGGACAGGUUCUCCAGAGCAGAGUGGUACAUCGGGUCUCUUCUUGGUUCCAACUUGGUUCCAUUUGAGUCACUUCUUCCCUACAGUACAGUCCUACUGUAGAGUCAAGCUCUGGGUGAUGGGCAUGUCAGCCCCAGAGACAAUAACUAUUCAAGCUCUGGCAAAGUUUUUUGGUAAUAUGCAAAGAAAACACAAAUCCAGCCUCGUUCAGAAUUUAGUACAGACUUCUUCCUUCACCAGAAGAGAAGAGCAAAGAGCCAUAAUAGAUACCUCUUUCUAGGCCAGGACCAUCCUCUAAAGAGUCUUAAGGCCAAAUCUUUCCACUUCUCUGAAGGAAUCGGGAGCUCCCAGGGCAUAUCUAAUCAUCAUACUGUGAAGUCUGAAAGAUGUCAAAUGUGGAGAUGCCAUCGAGAGUUGAGACUCCUAACUACUGGCAUUUCCCACCCUCAAAGCCUGUCACCCCUUUGACAUAAUGUGCAGCCUGAGGUCCCUCAUGAUGAUGAUAGGCAAGGGAUUUCACAUUUUAAAACAUUG